AUGGUUAUGGCACCUUCCGCGAUCGCCAUUGACGACAAGGAAACCACCGUUUUGAACGACAGUAAAGUCGAACUCAUCGACAACAAUCAUGGCGUCGAAUCCGAUGUGACUGGCUUUGCCUCCAAGGCACUCAUCCAAAAGGUCCUCAAGGAGCAGAUUGCCCGGGUCGACGUCGACACCUGCGAGCCGGGCGAAGAAGAUGCCUUUUAUGUGGCGGAUCUAGGAGAAGUGUACCGCCAGCACCUCCGCUGGAAGCUCAAUCUCGGUCGAGUCAAGCCCUUUUACGCCGUCAAAUGCAACCCGGACCGCGAAGUGCUGCGCCUGUUGGCGAAAAUGGGCACCGGCUUCGACUGUGCGUCCCGGGCCGAAAUCGACCUGGUGCUCGGCUUGGGCGUGCCUCCCAGCCGCAUCAUCUAUGCCCAACCGUGCAAGACCAAGUCGUACUUGCGGUAUGCUCGCAAAGUCGGCGUGGCCCAGAUGACCUUUGACAACAUGGACGAACUACGCAAAAUCAAGGACUGCUAUCCCGAUGCCGAAUUGGUCCUCCGCAUCCUGACCGACGACUCGGCGAGUCUUUGCCGGUUCAGUGCGAAAUACGGCGCCAGCUUGGACGACGCGGCCGAGUUGCUGCGUCUGGCCCAGGAACUCGAGUUGAACAUCGUCGGGGUCAGUUUCCAUGUGGGCUCGGGAGCGAGUGACCCGUGCUCUUUCGGGAAGGCGGUGCAGGAUGCCCGCUACGUGUUUGACCAGGCGGCCGAGCUAGGCUACGACCUCAAAUUGCUCGACGUUGGGGGCGGGUUUGUCGACGAAACGUUUGAACUAUUCGCGGCGAAUUUGAAUGAGGCGCUGGAGGAGCAUUUCCCGCACGGCGUAAGCAUCAUCGCCGAGCCCGGUCGAUACUACGCCGCCACUGCCUUCACUCUGGCCGCGCAUGUCAUUGCCCGACGAGAAGUGUUGGUGGAUCGGGAUGGGGGGAAAGGAUACAUGCUCUACUUGAACGACGGGGUGUACGGCAAUUUCUCCAACAUCAUCUUCGACCACCAGCAUCCCGUGCCGCAGGUGCUAUCGACCGCGGCCACAGCCGGCAGCGACAAGCUGGUCGAAUACUCGAUCUGGGGACCGACAUGCGAUGGAAUCGACGUCAUCGCCGACCGCUACUUUUUGCCCGGCGUCCUCGACAUCGGUGACUGGUUGUUCUUCGAGAACAUGGGAGCGUACACCAAGUGCUCGGCCACGCGGUUCAACGGAUUCAAGGAUGAUCAUGAGGUCAUUUACAUUUCCAGCGAGCCUGGGGCGUCAGCACUUCUCGGAUAUUGA